UCGUUCGUCGCCGAGUGUGUGUGUCUGUGUCAGUCAAUUCAGUGUUGUUCUGACAGUGGAGUUGUAAGGUUGUGUCGACUCGUUCUCCCGGAGUACAUCAUAUUCUUUUUUUAUCAUGGGAAGGAAGAGCCCUAAGAAGGAUCCUCAUCCUGUCGUACAAAACUAUAAGAUAGUGGUCGUCGGAGGCGGCGGCGUAGGGAAAUCUGCCAUAACCAUUCAGUUCAUUCAGAGUUAUUUCGCCACCGACUACGACCCGACAAUAGAGGAUUCUUACACGAAACAGUGCGUCAUCGACGAUGUUGUUGCCAAACUCGAUAUUUUGGACACAGCCGGUCAGGAGGAAUUCAGUGCCAUGAGAGAGCAGUACAUGCGGUCUGGCGAGGGUUUCCUCUUGGUCUUCUCCGUAACUGAUCGGAACAGCUUCGAGGAACUUAUCCGUUUCCACAAGCAGAUUCUGAGAGUGAAAGAUCGUGAUGAAUUCCCUAUGCUGAUGGUAGCUAACAAAGCAGACUUGGAACACCAGAGAGUGACAAGUACAGAGGAAGCUCACACUCUAGCUAGACAGCUCAAGAUACCAUACAUUGAGUGCUCAGCGAAGAAUCGUACGAACAUUGACCAAACCUUCUACGAACUGGUCAGAAUAGUAAGGAAAUUCCAAGCAGCUGAACGACCUCCCGCUAAACCAGCUGCAAAGAAGAACAAAAGAUUUUGUGUGAUUGUCUGAAAAUUAUCCAGGUUACUUGUUAUAUUUUUUAAGGGAACUAUCUUUUCUUAUCAAGGUAAUUGCUUUCACAGUGGUGACCAAAGCUUGAAACAGCCAUUACUUGAAUAAUGAAAGCUGCAGUGGUACUGAUGAUAUCAGACAGUACAAGGUUAUAAAUAGACUGGUUUCUAUGUGUUUUACUCUGAAGGCUUCUAUACUUGGUGGCAGGUGCCUUAAUCACUGUCAUCAUUUAUGGAUACAGCAGUAUAUUACAAUGAUUUUCCAGUUGUACUACUGUAGGUCAUAUAAUGAAAUAUACAUUUAAAACCAUAUGUUUUAUAUAAUGGAGUAUUUUGUGAGAAAUGAGCACACCCUUUUCAAGAUUUUUGCACAUUUUGUACUACAAUACAGAGGAAAUUAAAAUUUGCUGAAGGUAUGUCAUUUACCAUCUUACAGAUCCAUUGAGAAAAAAAUCUUAGUGGCACUGUACAAUUUUCCAGUGUAUAGUUAACCAUUGAUGUUUGAAUCAAGGCCUGUUUUAGUAAAAAUUAGCACUGUUGGAUGCAUUUCUUAAUAAUUAAAGGCAUUUAUAAGCUUAAGUUGAAGCAUUUUGGCUGAUGUUUUAGGUGCUUUUGCAAGUUGUUAGUGAAAACCUUAGCAUGAUCUUCAGUGAAAGCUCAAAUAUUGUUGUAAAAAUUAUUUUUGAAGGUUGUAAAAAAGAAUUAUACAAGUUGAUGACAUAUACCUUUUCUCUCUAUCCAAGACUGAAAAGAAUCACAGGAAUUUACUUUAUCCUGAAAUUUUUUGUAUCAGGAUAUUUAAGAAUGUUAGGGAAUACAAAUGGAAAAGAAUUGCAUUAUGGCUUCCAUCUUUUAUACAAGACAGUAUUGCAAUAAGAAACAAAUGUUUGUAACCCAAGGUGGUGAUCUCAUUGUAACCUUUUUAGCAACUCUUCCACAGCUUUAGGUUCAUCAUUAUUCAGAAGCUAAUACUCAUCAUCCUUUUCAUUUUACUGUACAUGCAUCUUGACAGUGGCAUCAGUAUUGAAAGCCCAUAGUAUUGUUUCCACCUGCCACAGACUGGCUAUCAUUCAUCACAAGAGAUUUAUCAAAUUUCAUUGAAAUCUGAGUAAAAUCGCCUCUUUUAUUUUUAGAUUUGUAUUUUUUCUUUCUAAGCAAAACUUACUUUUACUGCAAAUAUAUUUUCCCAUUGUUGUACCUGUUUAUUGUCCAUUUUUAGUUAUUGUAUGUGCAUUGUUAACAAAUCUCUCCAUUGGAGAGAUAUGUUUAGAAGUGCAAAAGUAUUAAGUAUUUUGAAUUUCUUUUGAAUGAUAUUCUCAUUGCUACCAAAUAAUGUAAAAAUGUGUCUUCCAACCUGACAAGAAUGAGGUACUUCAUAACAACUAGUUACUCUUGACUAACACACAAGUUCAUAUUAAAAUGCUCUUUGACAAUACAACCACUGAAUGACAAUACCAACAAAGCAAUUCAAAUAUUUUUUCCACACAGUUUGCAUGUUGACAGAAGAACAAACUUCGUCAGCCAACAAAGAAUUUUGAACUUUUAUAGCCUUGAUGAAAUCGUUGCUCAUAAACGCUUGACGCUGUACCUCAUCCCAUGUGAGAAUGUCAUUCAGUCAAUAUCUAUAUAAAAACAAUGUCACAAUCAGUAACAGUAUUUUAUUUGUACUAUAGAUUUCUAGCUCAAGACUUCAUGCAUUAUGAGCUUUUUUACAUUCAAGGAGAGAGAUCAGAUCUCACUCUGGUGCUCCAGUUUUGUAAAUAUCAAAAGAGUUGUUAUUGAGCAUGAUUACUAUUUUGGUUACUUUUUAUCACUUAUUUAUGAAUCCUGGUCAAAAGGCAACAUGUAUUGCAAAGUUGUUGAUCCUUUUUAAAACUAAACUAUGGUAACAGGAUAAUUAUAUGAUGUCAUACAACUUUUGUACACCAAAUAUAAAAACAAGUGUAAAAUGCAAGACAACAGAACUUAUUGUACUAAUAAAAUGUGUUACUUUA